AUGGACAUGGGUACUAGUAUCCAGCCGCUUGCGUACGGGAUUGCAUAUUCGACAUUCUUUGUGGGCACAUUAUCGAUUCUGCUACGGUUUUAUUGUCGAUAUAUUGUUUUGAGGACGUGGGGGUGGGAUGAUUAUAUUGCGGUUGCUAUUCUGGCUUUUAGUUUUGCACAGCAGGGCGUGCUGCAGAUGUUUUUGUAUUGGGGGUGUGGACUUCACAUGGAAGCCCUAGACACGAACCAUCAUCUCGAGAUCCUUAAGUGGCUAUUCGUCGAAGAAGUCCUCUACUACUCUGUUCACUGGGUGAUCAAAUUAGCUUUUCUCGUAUUUUACCUUCGUCUAUCCCCUGAUAGCGACACCUUUCGACACGCCGUCUAUUUCGGAGUAGGAUUAAACACCGUUGUAUGGAUUGCCAGUGUCCUUGUAGCAUGUUUCCAGUGCAUGCCAUUUGACGAAAUCUUUCAUCCAGGCAUGCAUUCCGAUGCACAAUGCAUCAACAAAAUGAUUCUUCUCCUCGGCCCUUGCAUUUUGAACAUCCUCGUAGACAUCUACAUCCUAAUCUUGCCCAUCUCCACCAUCUGGGCCCUGAAAAACAUCCGCAUGCGCCGCAAAAUCGCCGUCCUCUGCGUCAUCGGCUUCGGCGGCAUCUCCGUCCUCAUCGCCUGCAGCCGCAUCGUCAUCCUCCUCCGCCUAUCCUCGCCCUCCCCCUCCCUCGACACCUCCUAUAUCCUCGGCACCAUGAUCGUCGUCAGCGCCCUAGAAAUACAAUCCGCCAUCAUCGCCGUCAACCUCCCCAGCCUCAAGGCCCUCUGGACAAAAUACACCGGAGCCACCCCCCCAGCCCUCGUGCCCACCAGCCGCCAAAAUCUCCACAACAAAGCAUACAAAAUGUCGAGUUUCAGCGGCACGGGUUCGUCUACCCCGUCGUCGCCGGAUAGACCUCGCAAUACUAAAAAACGCAACUCAGAUACCGCGUCCUUCUGGGACGCAGACAACCCGCUCACGACCCUCGCCUCAGAGGAAGAGUCCGUCCUCGGCGACAUGAUGGCCGUCGUCAUGCCCAUCCAGUGGGUCCGCAGCGACAUCCGCGCUAUACGCGUGGGCAGGGGCUACAUCGUACGCAGCAUGAUGAGUAUGGAGCGGGUAGAAGAUUGCUUCCCCGUCGGCCAUUUCCUGAGAAAUUACGGGCCGAGGAGGGAUGCAGAGAGCGUGGUUGCGUCGCUGGUUUAA